AUGGUUGGAAAACGUCGAGUUUUUGUCGGCAAUGGCCAGUCCAAAGCCACCGGUCGAGACAGGCCGUAUGAGAACGGCUCCGACGCAACCAAGCAGCGUCACCCUCGCGACCUGGAAAGGGGUCCAAGUCAGCAUGGUACAAGCUCGUCUGGCCGUCCACGGCCUCGUGUCUUCCGUUUCCAGGAUGUGGCCCGGACCGCCAUGGAUGACCGACGGCGGGAAGAUCUCAAGAAUGCGCUGUUCCACAAUAUCGAUCGCUACGGCCUGGAAAGGUACCGCCGGAGCGAGGCAGAACUAAAGGAUAUCAAGAAAAAGAAUGUUCGAUCAUUCUACGAGCAACAGAACGAGAGACUCAAUGACUGGCUAGAAGUCGACGCCGUGGUCAUGGCCGUUGCCGAUGAUGUGUUGGAAUCCAUGGACCCGGACCCGGAUCACGACGGAGAUCUAGAGCGGCGCGGCGGUCUGCAAAACAUGGAAGGAAACAUUGCCGAGUUUCUGCCCGACGAUGAAAAGGCAAAACGUGCCAGUGCGGCCAAGAAGGCCAAGUGGGCUAUCAACAUCAAUGUCAUCGCCAAUAUCCUGUUGCUUGCUGGAAAGAUAGUGGCUGUAGCAUCGACUGGCUCGUUGUCUCUGGUGGCUUCACUCGUGGAUUCGGCUCUGGACCUCUUGUGCACCAUGAUUAUCUGGUCAACGAACAAGCUCGUCAGCUGGCGCCUUGGGGCCUUGAAGAAGAAAUUCCCCGUUGGCCGCCGUCGACUCGAGCCCAUUGGCAUUCUGGUUUUCUCUAUCAUAAUGGUCAUCUCCUUUAUGCAAAUAUUGAAGGAGUCGGUUGAGAAGCUUGCGCCCUUGAAAGGAGAACCAGAGAAGCUCCCAUAUACAGCCAUAGGUGCCAUGGUUGCGACUAUUGUGCUCAAGGGAAUCAUUGGUCUGGGGUGUUAUCCGAUCAAGACGACCCAAGUUCAGGCACUUUGGCAGGACUGCAAGACCGAUGUAUUCUUCAACACGCUUUCGCUUCUGUUUCCCUUUAUCGGAGAAAAGGCCAACGUGUGGUGGCUCGACCCUGCGGGUGCUGGUCUUUUGUCCUUGUUCAUCAUCUACGACUGGGGUCACACGUGUUUCGAAAAUGUCACGAGACUCUCGGGAGAAGCCGCAUCGGAGCGGACAUACCAAAAGCUCAUGUAUCUAGCCUACCGAUUCUCGCCCGUCGUGCUAGGAUUCAAAAACGUCACGGCGUACCACUGCGGAGACGGCGUAUGGGUAGAGUACGACAUUCUGAUGGACGAGAAGGCGAGUCUGCGGACGUGUCAUGACGUUGCCGAGACCUUGCAGUAUUGCGCCGAAGGUCUGAUUGAAGUCGAUCGAGCAUUCGUCACGUCCGACUACUCGUCCAGUGGCCCGGCCGGGCACGCGGCAGAUGCAGAAAGGAACAACUAA